CGAGAACCAUCUGAGGAUAAAUCUAAUAGCAUCCAUCUCUCGAGGAAAACAUGUGACGUUAUGCUAAAUAUUGUAACAAGCUUCCCAGAUUCAUUGGCAAACGAAACAUACCUUGCCAGUAGAGGAUACGCACAUGAGAAAACAACGAAUAGACGCGACAGACAUAUUGAAUACCUGUAUACUUUAAAAAAGAACAUGGAACACCCGUGUGUUGAGCAGAUACAUUUGUUGGUGGAAUCAGCCGGAAUAAAACAAUCAAUCAUAACUCAAACAUUGAUCCCGAUUAACCCAUCACUUGUUGACAAACUCCUCACGUUUUCAGAAAUAGUGGAUAGACCAACUUUUAAAAUGCUUGUCGAAUACGCAUCCAAGAACCUAAU